CUUUUGGCACUUCAUCUAUGAUGCACAACCCAUAACAACACUGAUGAUGAGGCUGCUCAGCUGUUAGCACACAGGUCAGUACUAAACUGAGAGUACCAGCCGCUGGCGACACCUACCACUGACCUGGAGGUCGUCAGAAUGACAGUUGAAUGUCGGGCCGUGGGAACGGGGAUUCCUCCUGAAGUGCAGUUGAUGCGGACGACGUGAGGAGCUUGACGAUGCCGCUGCGCCGGACACCGUCAGUCAAUAAAGAACGAGUCGACUCCGUCCAUUUUAGGAACAUGCAGUCGCUCUGCAGAGGCCUGAUCACUGCACACUUCUCACAGGGAAACAAAUGAAUGUACUAAACAUGAAUGUAUUUUCAGUAGUUUCUGGUUAUCCAAUAUUCAUGCCAGCUUCAAGUGUUCCUCCUAUAUGUUUACUUCCAUGUGCAGCUUUAGAAAACUUAACAGUUGUGAGAAAAACCAACACACUGAGUCUUGUUUAGUACCGACUGCAGUCGGGUGUUUUAUUGUGUCGGAUUUGUGUUUUAAAUCGAGAUGAAAUGCACAGCAGGCAUGUUUAGAUGCCCGAUGUCCGCGUCAGUUAACAUGACAUGUUAUGCUUUGCAUGAAGUGAUGAAGUGAUCUUUCUCACGGGACCUGAAGGCGGCAUUACAUCAGCUCUGCCAUGUGCCAAAAAAACAUCUGCUUCUUAAAAUUCAGUAAACAAAAUCAGGGAUACAAAGGCUGCUUGUGUUGACUGAAGGGACGCUUUGAAGAAAAAGAUCCCCAAGUCAGGAGAGCGAAGCACUGAGCAGGAAUGUGUUGCUGAGACGACAAAGACCAUGAGGCUGACCUCUUUGUACUGGAUACUCCUUUUAGAAAUCUGUUUUGCCACUGGGCUAUGAGAAAUAAAUAUUGUGUAACAGGAAUACGCGAAAAUGUACCAGAACAAGCCGGGUGAUUUUAUUACGGCGGAUUCUGGAGCUGAAAUUCCAUUGAAAUGUGAUUUGUUUGAAGAUGUCCUGUCUGCCGAUUGGAUUAACCCCGGACUGCAGGAGAGAAAGAGACAUUACUGGUGAUUCGAUUACAUUUCAGGGUCAAAUUACUUUCCGUUUUCCAAACCCACCUGCAUGCAGGGAGGCUGAAUGAGACACGCUGAAGCAUUUCGAUGCACACUGGCCCGUGGCGGUCGAAAUGUAUGAAUAUUGGUAAUUUGUGUGAAGAAGACAUUUGCUUCCUGUUAAUCUCGACUGUCCAGAUAGAGCAGAGAAGCGAUAAUACCGCUCAGGUCAAACCCACCAAAUAUUAAUGAAGUGAUGCUGAGUGAUCCAAUCCAAGGUCAAAGGUCAGGGUGAGCCAGAGAGCCGGUGGGGGAGUCAAUGCUUGGCUCAAGGGCAUCCGCUGAACUUGAGGCCUCUGGCUGAAGUCUGGCUUUUAACUCACCCACCAACAUGUGCAGCUCUGAUCCCAGAUCUGCUAAUCUUAGAGACUUGCUCCGCAUAAAUGAUGUGUGGGUUUUCUUUUAUAGAGGAGGCGGAGGACUCACUACUCUCACUCUCACCGCUCACUUUGCCUACAGACAUACAGCGGAGCGGCGUCCGUGUCGGAUGGAUUCAACAACACUGGUGUAAUUUCACUGGGGGAGAGAAGCGAGAAACACGAGGAGGGAGGUGGCGCGAGGAGCGUUGUGACGGGGAAGCACAAGAGUGGAAAAGAGACACAGCAUCAGCAGAGGAAAAGAACUCAGCUCCCAGAUUUCUGUCCAUCUGAGGGGGCGUGGCCAUUUGCGCAACGUCACUGAUGGUUAUAUAGGCUGCAGCUGUGGCAGCGGGCUCGCGCUGCUGAGACAGGCAGAGCACUGAAGACCGGUGGCGCGCGCUCAUAGACUCCCCUCUCAGCCAGCCAGUCAUACACACACUCCCCAAACAAAGGGAAGCACGCGAGGUAGCGCAGCAUCCCACUCUUUCAGCCGCGAGCUCACUAGCAGAACCGCCCUCCCAUCCCCAGUCCCUCUCAGACAGAACCGGUCCAGUCCGAGGCUCGAGAGCACAGAACCGAUAAUGACGACUAACGGCGCGACUAACGGAACCAGCGACAUGCUGCAGAUCCAGUUCGGGCUGAUCAACUGCGGGAACAAAUACCUAACGGCGGAGACCUUCGGCUUCAAAAUCAACGCCUGCGCCUCGUCCAUGAAGAAGAAGCAGAUCUGGACCCUGGAGCAGAGCGGCGACGACUCCAGCGGCAACGUGUUCCACCUCAAGUCCCAUCUGGGCCGGUACAUCGCCGCCGACAAGGACGGGAACGUGACCGGCGACAGCGAGACCCCGGGCCCGGAGUGCCGGUUUGUCAUCACCGCGCACGAUGACGGCCGCUGGUCCCUGCAGUCCGAGCCGCACGGGCGCUACCUGGGCGGCACCGAGGACCGGAUCAUCUGCUUCGCCCAGACCGCCUCGGUGGCGGAGAAAUGGAGCGUGCACAUCGCCAUGCACCCGCAGGUGAACAUCUUCAGCAUGACGCGCAAGCGGUACGCGCACCUGAGCGGCAAGGUAGACGAGAUUGCCAUCGACCGGGACGUGCCGUGGGGGGUGGACUCCAUGAUCACGCUGGUGUUCCGCGAGCAGCGCUACCACCUGCAGACCUCCGACAACCGCUUCCUGCGGAACGACGGCGCGCUGGUCGCCACCGCGGACAAGAGCACGGGCUACACGCUGGAGUUCCGCUCCGGCAAGGUGGCGUUCAGGGACUGCGGCGGCAAGUACCUCGCGCCCUCCGGGCCCUCCGGCACCAUGAAGUCUGGCAAGAGCGCGCGCGUGGGCAAGGACGAGCUGUUCGUGCUGGAGCAGAGCCACCCGCAGGUCGUGCUCACCGCUGCCAACGAGAGGAACGUCUCCACCCGGCAAGGUAUGGACCUGUCGGCCAAUCAGGACGAGGAGGGCGACCAGGAAGUGUUCCAGGUGGAGAUCUGUCGCGAAAACCGCAAGUGUGCAUUCCGGACCGCCGCUGGGAAAUACUGGACCCUGACUGCUAACGGCGGCCUGCAGUGCACCGCCUCCACCAAGUCGGCUAAUUGCUACUUUGACAUCGAGUGGCGUGGGAAGAGGCUGACUCUCCGGGCCGCCAAUGGGAAAUACGUCGCCGCCAAGAAAAACGGCCAGCUAGCGGCCACCAUCGACUCUGCCGGUGAGUCCGAGGAGUUUCUCAUGAAGCUGAUUAACCGCCCGAUCAUCGUGCUGCGCGGGGAUCACGGCUUCAUCGGCUGCAGGAAGGUGACGGGGACGCUGGACUCCAACCGCUCCACCUAUGACUACUUCACCCUGGAGUUCAGAGACGGAGCUUACAGCCUGCAAGACUCCACGGGUAAAUAUUGGAUGGUGGGUAACGAGCAGUCGGUGGUGAGCAGCAGCGAUGCGCCCGUCGACUUCCUAUUCGAGUUCUGCGACUACAACAAGCUGGCGAUCCGCCACGCCGCCGACAGCAAGUACCUGCGCGGCGACCACGCUGGCGUGCUGAAGGCCAACGCCGACGACCUGGAGACCGCCACCCUCUGGGAGUACUGAGGGAAGGCACGGAUGAAUAAAGUGUGGCAACGCAGCACAACCUGUCCAUACACCUACCUAUUCCCCCCCACUCCCCUUCCCUCCCGUUCCUCAUAUUAUAUCCUGUACUUUUGACUUUAUAUGUUGAUGAACUGCACAGAGAGAACAGGAAGGAUAGAAGAAGAAAGGAAGGAGACACUCCUUUCUCCCCUUCCUUCUGUCUAUCCCUCCAUCUUUUUCCCAGCUCUGCUCUGCAGCGCCGACCUUUAUCUGUUGCCAUAGUUACCGUGGGGCUGUGCACUUUUUCUGCUCCGAUCUGGUUCGCUGCUCGACCUGUCACUUCUCCCUCCUCGCCUUAGGGUUGGGCCGUCCCUCUCCCAGAGCAGAGCAGAGCCACGUUUUAAGAGCCCCCUCCUCUGAGUUAACCCCCCGUCUCCAUUGUCUGUGUGAGCAGCACAUGUUGGCCGUGGUUUUGCUAUCUGACCUGGUCUGCUAGAUCUGCUUCUACAUGAUCAAAUCUCCCAAAACAGAUCCACCCACCGGAUUAAAAAAACUCUGCUUCAGACGUUUCCUGUUGACUAAACACACAGGAUGGAGGCCGUGGGUCUGUUUCUGAGCGGUUGCAUCGCGUAGAAACAGAUUUUCUCUUCUGACCAGGCAGAGUACGUUUGUGUUCAUGAGCCCCGUUGCCUCAGUGUGACGUGUAAGUGAUAUAACUGGAGUGGUUAUGAUGAUAAAGAUUUAGAAAAUGAUGUAAUAUACGGGUUUAACCCCCCACCCCUAUUCAUCUCAACUGUAAAAUACUCUAACGUAAACCUGUUUCCUGUGUUGUUCUCUAGCUGUGUUGUCAUUGGACCAAACAGGAUGUAGGAAGUUAAAACGCGUAAUCCCCCUCCUCGCGCUGAACCUAUUGUCCCGAGAAACGGAUUAAAGAAAUUAAAAAUAGAAAUGGUGCGGUCACAUACUGUAUGUUUACUGCACUUGUCGUACUGGAAGAAAACCAGCACUCCCAUGACACACGGUUGGAUUUCUUUUUCUACGUCCAAGGCACAGACAUUAUCAUGGAUACAGUAGGUAGCCAUAGCGACGGGAGUGAAAUGAUUUAUAGACCCUUUUUGGAAGCUGCUUUUUGAAUCCUUCAACCAAACCUAGACCUCCAGCCUUUAUCUCGACUAAACCUUUGAUACUGGAUUAACAAACUGUCAUCUCUCUCACACACACACACACUGAGAAACUGGAACCUGGUGCUACUAACCCGUGACCUGUUCAGAAAUGCUCCAGUCCUGUCGAGCGUGACUCGGCCUGGACUAACGGAUGCUGAUCUUUCGCCUCGCUGUGUAACCGAAGGGGCUGAAAGAGUUCCCGUAGUCGCCCUCAUCUGCUGCUUCUUUACGCUUUAAAGUAUCACUGCUUCACAAUGAGGUGUGACCAAAUUGUUUUUUGCUUUCGUUGGAUUUCUUUUGCGUUCCUGACUAGUCGGUGAAGGGAUAGGUUUAGAAAAAAAAUGGCAAAGAAGCAGACUUUGAAUUUGUUGUCUUAUUGAACUGGAAUGUCUAUUCUGCAGUCGUCGCGUAGCACAAUGACGCCGUGGGCCCGGCCCUCUUUGGUUCCCUCCCCUUCAGCUUUCUCCAUAGCACGAAGCAGCAAUGGUUUCUGUCUACUUUUACAAUGCAGCAAAGUCUCACUCGGGGGCCCAACGCAUUGGUCUCUUCCACCCUUCAUCGAGCGUUCCUCUGAAACUAAGUAUGCUUGUAGCCCCGUGGAAUGAUGCGUGAUUGUAGCCAGCUCCUCAACAAGUCUGUCCAAUUUCCUCUCUGAAGUUUCGAGCAUUUUGCGUGAAGGGUCGAGAGUCUCGAGCGAAUAAAAGGAGCGGUUGUCCUCGGAGAAACCUGCGUCUCCAUGGGAACCAAGACGAAGGCUUAGACAAACGGAUGUGGGAGGGUAAACAUGUGGUAAUGACUGUGCCUUACUCGCCAGUUUUUGGGCAGUAGGAAAAUAAAAGAUAAAAAGAAUCCACAUCUUUGCUUUGUAUAACUGGAACUUCUUUUUGUAUUAUUUUGUAUAAUUUUUUUGAUAUUGUGGAUUAACCUCUCUUGUGCCAUUGGUUCACCUAAAAUCCAACGACCAAUAAAACUGGGAUUUGGACUGCAA